GUUGAACGUGGAGGUGUUAGGCUUCCACAUGGCGAAAAUAGACCUUUUCAAUUCAUGGAUGCGUAGCCGAAGAAAGUAGUUGGGGGGCAGUUGGGAAAUGACGAUGCAGUGUUCAUUUCUUCUCUCUUUCUCUCUCACACACAGACACACACUUUCUCGCCAGAAGCCAUGGGCAACACAUCUUCCAUGCUCACCCAAUACGACAUCGAAGAGGUUCAGCAACACUGCCAACACGCUUUUACGCAGCAGGAGAUUGUUUCUCUGUACCAACGCUUCUGUCAACUCGAUCGCAACAACUGCGGUUUCAUCUCUUCUGAUGAAUUCCUCUCCAUUCCCGAAUUCGCCGUCAAUCCUCUCUCUCAGAGUUUGUUGAGGAUGCUGGACGGAUUGAACUUCAAGGAAUUCGUGGCUUUCUUAUCUGCCUUCAGUCCCCGCGCCACUCUACACCAAAAAAUUCUAUUCAUUUUCAAGUGGUAUGAUACCGAUUGCAAUGGAAAAGUGACCUUCCAUGACAUGCUCAGGGCUUUAAGGGAUUUGUCAGGAUCCUUCAUGUCUGAGCAACAGAGAGAGGAAGUUCUGACACAGGUCCUUGAGGAAGCUGGCUAUGCAAAGGAUUCUUCAUUAGUCUUGUCUGACUUCGUGAAGAUUCUUGGCAAUUCGGGUUUGAAGAUGGAAGUAGAGAUUCCGGUGGAUUAGAGAGAGGAUAGCACUAUUGCCUUGUAUAAUAUAAAAAAAAAUAAAAUAGCUAUCAUGAGUACUCUAUGAGUUUGAUAUGGGAGCUUAUUGGUUUUGGUAUUUUGAUCUUUAUUGUAAUGGGUAAUAGAUUAUUUAUUGAGUGUUUAAUUACUCUGAAG